AGUGCAUAUAUGUAGGUUCACUUACAGCCGCUACCUGGGAAAUGGGAAAUUACAUCUUUACAACCAAAGUGACACAAAAAAUAUUCUAAAAUGUUGCAGGGAUUGGGCUUAUCGGGGCGUUUAUGAUGCGCGAUGCACUUUUUGUAACGACUUUCAAAAGCUUCCGUCUCCGUUGGUCGGCUAACGUUAGCGAACUAUUGGGAUAGCCCAUGUAAGCCAAAGCUACUGAGCUUGGAUGGCCAGUUUGAUCGAGGACUUCUUGUACAGUAUGUAAACAUGGAGAGCAUCCGGGAGGAGAAGGACGUGUCGUGAAAGUUGACGUGUUCCAUCAAGCUCAGAGUGCAGCACCAAGCUUCAGCCAUGAAAGUUGGUUGUACCAUCUGUAAAGCAGCAGCAUGCUUCAUCAUCGCAGGAUGACCGCUCCAUCCAAACAAUAAGAGCUAGAACAGUCGUGAGGUCAUCACACAGCCAUGGGCAUCUGUACAUCUGCGUGCAAGAUGUUGCGCAGGGGGAAGUACUUUUUCCUGCUGCUCCUCUGCUUGUCUGUGCUGGCAUGGAUCGCAAUGUUUUCAGGGGAAACGGUCAAAUCUGUUCCCGUCUCCUCAGCGGCACCGCAAAUUCUUAUUAAAGGGGAGAGCACGCACGAUACGGUGCACUCGUGGACAUCAGUGGCAGAUAAAGCAAUUACUCCAACACCAGUACAGGAGUGUCCUCAGGAGUCGCCGCUGCUACAAGGAGCACUGAAGCUGAACUUUGAGCCCUCCCUGACACUGAAGGACGUGGAGGCCGAAAACAAGCAAGUGGCUCAAGGCCAGUUUGAACCUUCAUACUGCACGGCCAGGCACAGCGUGGCCAUCCUUAUUCCCCAUCGCAAUCGAGAGCGUCACCUCCUCUACCUGCUGCACCACCUGCACCCCUUCCUGCAGAGGCAGCAACUCCAUUAUGCAGUUUAUGUCAUCCAGCAGGCUGGUGAUGCCACUUUUAACCGUGCCAAAUUACUCAACGUGGGUUACUUAGAGGCACUUAAGGACUACAAAUGGGACUGUUUCAUUUUCCAUGAUGUGGACUUGGUUCCUGAAAACGACCACAAUCUCUAUAUCUGCGAUACUCAACCCAAGCACCUGGUGGUUGGGCGCAAUUCCACCGGAUACAAGCUGCGCUACAAAGGCUACUUUGGAGGCGUAACAGCCAUGAGCAGAGAGCAGUUCCAUCAAGUCAAUGGCUUUUCAAACGCCUACUGGGGUUGGGGAGGAGAAGACGACGACCUCUGCACCAGGGUGGAACUCCAAAAAAUGAAGAUUGUGCGGCCGCCUGCUGACAUUGCCCGCUACACAAUGGUAUUUCACAAACGGGACAGCGGCAAUGAAGUCAACAAAGAUAGGAUGAAGCUUUUAGGACGAACACCUGUGGUAUGGAAAAAGGAUGGACUCAAUAGCUGCUCGUAUAAGACCUUGUUAGUGGAGCGGCCGCCGCUGUAUGUCAAUGUGACCGUGGACAUUGGGAAGCCACAGAGCUGAGGUUUCAAAUCUCAAAUCAAAUUGGUAAACAGAAAAAACUACAACCAUGUAGUGUGUAAGACACAAUACAUGCACAUUUGCUGCAAUGUGAAAGUUUAUGCUGAUCACUUCUUUGUCUUGUAUGGUAAUGCAAAACUUCAGCUGUAUAGGAGGAAAAAGUCUGGACAAUUCCAAGAGCCCCCGACUGACAGGGUCUCCCCAAAAAUAGAGAUGUGGUGACAGAAUUCCUGGUGGCACCCCUGGCUGUGUUGUACAACAUUUCCACACAUUUGUGUGACGUAAAAGUGCCCAAUUAUAGACAAAGUACUGUUAGAUUAUUAAGCAUUGAAUGUGAUUUGUCUUCUUUUUUUUUUUUUUAGCCUUUUUUCAUUCAGCAAAGCUCAUUUGCACUUUUUCCACAUGAUAUCUACAUAUUAUACUUUGUCAUGAGACACAUUUCAACAUAUCUGUGACAAAAUGUUUUUUGAGGAGUGACUGAACCACCUAGCCGAGAUCAAAUUCAUGUUUGGACUUAAUCAAGUUGCAUGAAGUUGAGCACUCUUGAUAUUAUUUGUAGACUGACACUGAUUGAGCCUAAGUUCACUAAAAGUAGCGCGACAACACAAGUACUCAGUGGGAACUUAGAACUGAGUAACGUUUCCUACUGUAUGUGCAGUAAUGUUGUAUACUACUACUGUAUUUACUUCUAAUAGUGAACCUCAGAUGGGCAAACAAGUUCCAAAACACUGCCUGUGAUAAAGCAAGUGACCUUGUAGGAUUUGGUGGAUUCUGUAAGACCUUCCUCCAAUCACCUCAUUAAAAAUAGUCAUGUUACUUGACUGCCUCUUCUUGGUCAGCAAGGACUUGUUUUUAAAGUAAAAUAAGACAAAAUACGACUUUGUUACUAUAUUUAUACAGGGCCUUAUAUAUUUGACUUGGGUGGUGGAUUAUUAUUAUUUACCUUAUAAUGUGACCGAUCAAAAUAACCUGUUACUCGGUAUGUAGACAAAACUGCACGUGUUUUGAGGUGCGCAUAUUGGUUUAUGUUUGUUUUUGUCACCAUCAAACCUUUGAAUGACACUUCCUGAUCAUUCCGGAUGCAUUGUCAAUCCGGGAAGACUGAUUAUGCUGUUUUAUUUUGAAUUUGAGAAUGUCAUCGGUGGGUGUAUUAUUUUGGGAUGGUUGAUGGGAGAAGACAUUAAGACUGAAUAUGAUACAUUUCAUGACUAGAAAGUAAAUGUAUCUAAUCUAAUCUAAUAAACUAUUAUGUUCUUAUUGUCA